CUGUAGAGAGAGAGAGUUGACGGUCAAUUCUUGGGGUGUGAGAUGUUUCUAUUUAUUCCUCGAAGAGCUUGCCAAAACUUCCAUGGCUGCUCCAACCUUCAUCUUUCUCAUUGUCUCUGCGAUAUGGAACGUAGCAGCGGCUCAAACAAGAGGAGGAGGAGGAGCUCGCAAUAUAACAAGAGGAUCUUCUCUCACGCCCACCGGCAACUCCUCGUGGAUCUCCCCCUCCGGUCACUAUGCCUUCGGAUUCUACCCCCAAGGCAACGGCGGCUAUGCCGUCGGAGUCUUUGUGGCCGGAAUUCCCGACAAGACGGUGGUGUGGACUGCAAACAGGGAUAAUCCGCCACCGGCUACCACAGCCAAUCUCACCCUUCAGCUCACUGCUGAUGGCAGGCUCAUACUGCAGUCCCCGCAAGAGGAGAGCAGCCCCAUUGAUGACGCUUGGCAGAACAUUUCUUCAGCUUCCAUGCUCGACACCGGCAAUUUUGUGCUCUAUAACUCCGAUCAGGAGAAAGCCUGGGAGAGUUUUGACCACCCAACUGACACAAUUCUACCCGGUCAGAUCCUCUCAGUAAACCAAGAGCUGGUCUCCGCCGCUUCGGAAACUGAUCACGCGUCGGGGAUAUUCAGGCUCAAGAUGCAAAGUGACGGGAAUCUUGUCCAGUACCCAGUGAAUACCACAGACGCGCCCCCAUUCGCAUACUGGGCAUCGGGGACAUAUGGAACAGGGGAUCAGGUCACUCUCAAUCUCGACAAUAGUGGCCGCCUCUAUUUGUUCAACUCAAGUAUCGUCCUAAGAAACAUAACCGAAGGAGAACCUUCAAAGCAAGAUACGAUUAUCAUGAUGAGACUUGAUUCAGAUGGCAUCUUCCGGGUGUAUUCACACAGCUUGGAGGGGAACGGCAUCUGGUCAGUUCUGUGGCAAUCUACAACUGAUAAGUGUGCUCCGAAGGGUGUCUGCGGUGUAAAUGGAUUUUGUGUCCUAAAUAACGGCAAAGCCACCUGUAGCUACCUUCCAGGAUUCGAUUUUGUUGACCCGGGCAAUAUUAGCACUGCGUGUGUGAGGAAUUUCAUUGCGCAAAGUUGCAAAGACGAGCAUCGGAGCACUGAGAAUGAUAUGAAGGAUUUGGAGAAUGUCGGGUGGGGAGGUGAAGAUAUUUCCUACUUGGAGCUAUCGUCAGUGACAAAGGAAGAGUGUAAAGAAGCCUGCCUUAAGGACUGUAACUGCGAAGCCACCGUGUUUGAAUACGGCAAGUGCAGAAAGCUAAGGCUUCCUUUGAAGUACGGGAGAAGAUUCUUGGGAGAGGGGUACUACAGUGCUACUUACGUCAAGGUGGGCACAUCUGAUCGACCAAUGAUCCCCAGUAAAGAUCCUGAGAAAGAAAUCAAGAAAGAGAAGAGAGUGGGCAUUCUAAUCACUGGUGUUUCGCUUGCCGGGCUUGCCUUGGUGGUUGUGAUAAUUUCUAGAGUUGUCAUUUACAGAAACCGCAUUUGGGUGUACAGAAUGAUCUCUGAGAAAGCGAAUUAUGAAUUGGGUGAAGAUGUAUGUCUACGGGCUUUUACUUUCUUUGAAAUGGAGCAGAUUACGAAUGGAUUCAAGCAUGAGCUGGGUAGAGGAUCUUCAGCAACGGUUUUCAAAGGGAUCAUUCCAUACACCCAAAAGGUUGUGGCUGUGAAGAGACUAGAGAACAUGCUAACGGAGAGUGAACGAGAAUUUCAUACGGAGGUCAAGGUGAUUGGCAGAACUCAUCACCGGAACCUUGUUCGUCUGAUUGGUUAUUGCAUUGACGGAGCAAAUAGGCUUCUUGUGUAUGACUAUAUGAUCAACGGAUCACUUGCAAAUCUUCUCUUCAAGGCUAGAAACCAGCUAAAUUGGGACGAAAGGAUUGGGAUUGCUCUUGACAUUGCCAGAGGCAUCCUCUACCUCCACGAAGAGUGCGAGACACAAAUAAUCCAUUGUGACAUAAAGCCUCAUAACAUACUCAUGGACGUGAACAUGAUCGCUAGAAUUAGCGACUUUGGAUUGGCAAAGCUUUUGAAACCAGACCAAACUAAAACCUUUACUGGGAUAAGAGGGACAAAGGGGUAUGUGGCACCAGAGUGGCACCGAAAACUCCCCGUGACAGUUAAAGCAGAUAUCUAUAGCUUCGGAGUUGUGUUGUUAGAGAUCAUAUGUUGUCGAAGUUGCUUAGAUUGGAGCCUCCCGGAGAAAGAGGCGGUGCUUGAGGAAUGGGUGUACGACUGUUUUGAGGCGGAGGAGUUGGAAAAACUGAUUGGUGAUGAAGAGAUUGACAAGAGAGAAUUGGAGAGAAUGGUCAAAGUAGGGCUUUGGUGCAUACAAGAUGAACUGUCACUGCGUCCUUCAAUGAAGAAAGUUGUGUUAAUGCUUGAAGGGACUGUGGACAUCCCUACACCUCCAAAUCCUACUUCCUUUUCGAGUACCAUCUAACAUGAACUCUAAUUACCACUAUAUUAGUUGUAAUGUUCCUUGUCGUACUUGAGGAAAUAAAUUGGUCGAUGAUUGUUUACAGGAUUUAAGGUAGAUUGUAUUUGUUCAUGAAUUAAUUGUUUUGUGAUUUGGAUGAGAAUGGUAUUAAAAUACCUGGAGUCACCAAGCAAAAUAUGUGAUGUAGGGGAAAGUUGUGGAUUAAUAAAGGCUUGUCACGCGAUUAAAAUGAUGUCUGACAAGUUCAUAUGGGUUUGAUGAGCGAUAAUUUGGGUGAAAUCCUUGACGGAAGAACAC